AUGUUGCUGUUCAUCGGCCAGAGACCCUGCAGCCGUUACCAAGGUCAAGGGACGAAUCCGUAUCCGCUGUCCAAGCCAUCCUUCCCCGCGUACUUUCACAGGCGCUUACAGUAUGAAAGACGCAACUUUAAUUACUACAAAACAGCAGUGGCCAACCUGUUUGCGGUAUUCCCGCCCGUUCCGGACCUCAGGAAGCCCAGCCCGGGAAAAUGCCGGACUUGUGCUGUGGUGGGGAAUUCGGUUAAUCUGAGAGGAUCGGGCUACGGAUCCCUGAUAGACGGUCAUGAUAUCGUUAUAAGAAUGAACGGCGGUCCGACCACAGGCUAUGAGAAAGACGUCGGCACCAAAACAACCCAUCGAGUCUUGUAUCCGGAGAGCGCCGUGGAUUUAGAUAAUUCUACUCAUCUCAUAGUUUUUGCUUUUAAAAUACAAGAUCUGGAGUGGCCCACCAAGGCCUUGACGACGGGAUUUUACACAACGUCACAUAGGAAAGUAAAACCCAAAAUAAAUGGCAACAAAGAUUUGGUGAUGGUGGUCAACCCCGCUUUUAUGAAGUAUGUCCACGAGAUUUGGAUGAAAAGGAGGGGAAAGUAUCCAUCCACCGGCUUCAUGACGUUGAUUCUUUCUCUUCACAUAUGUGAUGAGGUUCACGUGUUCGGAUUUGGAGCCGACAGCAACGGAAACUGGAGUCACUACUUUGAAGUUUUAAAGAAAAAAAACUACAGAACUGGGCCCCAUUCUGGAACUAACGAAUACGCCAUCCUGAAACGGCUGGCCAGCGAACAAACAGUCACGCUUUAUAAAGGGUCGUGACCUCUGCGUCCUAACAGGAAGUUCCCCGAUUCGAAAUGAACAGUGCAAUUUAGAAUGUUGAGCAAGAAAAAGUUAUUUUUCGUCUUGAAAUUUUAGAAUGCUGCACCACUGAUUACGAAUGCCAAUUUUGAUAUUUAUUGAGGCGGAAGCAAAUCCCACCUACCUGAUUUCUACUGACAGACUUGCCAAAGCCUUUUUCCAAUUUAAAACCCAGCAACAUUUUAGAUCUAAUAAUUUAAUUUAAUUGGUUUAUUUGGUAGGGACAGACAUACAGCGACAUAGACAAACUGAACAAAACAGCAGUCCCAUGUUUACGUCAUAGUGCUAUAGCAACAGCUAAUUCGCAGCACUUGUCCCUAGAUGGGCUUUUAAAAAAAAUACCUCUAAAAGUUAAAGUAAUAAUCGAACAAACAGUGAAACAUGAAACAUCAAAAGUGGGUACAGUUCUGUACCCACUUUUGAAAAUAGAGUAGAGCAGAAAUCGUCUUUAUUAUCCCUCAGUGGGGAAAUUCAGGUGUACCAGCAGCAGCACAGUGACCAAAUGAGAGCAUUUAGAUCAGGGGUGUCAAACUCAAAUCCACAGUGGGCCAAAAUUUUAAAUUGAACAAAGCCGCGGGCCAAGGUUGAA